UAAUCUCAGGGCUUUGAGUAUUCGGGCAGGGCACCCCCAGCGACCUCCGCGGGUUCGCAUUAUGGUUCCAACUCCCUAUUCUUAUUUUUAACCGCCGGCAACCCUCCCGCCCAAGGGUCAAAGCUGAAUUUGUCUCUCAUAAAAGCCCAUACUCAUUAUUCCCUUGCCUUCAAGCUUCACCCAUCGCCUCCCAAUUCCUCUCCAAGUGGCUCUCACUAACAUGUCUGUAUUCUUGCGUCCCGCUCUCGUCCUCGUCCAGGCAGUCUUCAACCAGGCAGCAUAUACUCCCCCCAAUAAGACACAGGAAAAGUUCCGUUACCAUACGGAGGAGCCCUUGCUCUUGCAAAUCGCACCUUUGAUCUUUAAGCUUCACACUAUUGCACUGUGGUGGAUCGCUGCAUUCGAGCUAGUAGCCGCACUCAACCAUCACGUUGGCACUUCCCUAUCGCCGUCCCUCUCAAACUAUCUUGAUGCAGCACUUUUCCCGGCGUCGCGGUCCCAAAAUCUCAUCACCCCAAUUUUCGUUGCUGGUACUCUCCUUCUCGCAAUAGGCUCUUGCAUCCGCGUCCGCUGUUUCAAUGAGCUCGGACAACUCUUCACGUUCGAUCUUACCAUGCAUCCUGAACAUAAACUGGUCACUUCCGGUCCAUACGCAUACGUCCGUCACCCAUCAUAUUUGGGGUCAAUACUCGUCGUCAUAGGGUUCACUUUCUCGCAUCUCACUUCUGGUAGCCUUCUUGUCGAAUGUCUUCUAGGCCACGUCGGCUCGGCACUUGUGUGGGCAGUUUGGUGGAUCUGGACGGCGGCGGUAGCCAAAAGCCGCGUAUUGGCCGAAGACAAUGAGCUUCAAAAGAAAUUUGGUUCUGAAUGGGAUGCUUACGCCACUAACGUCAAGUGCCGGUUCGUCCCCGGUCUGCUAUAACCGCGCCAGUGCUGGGGAGGCAGAAGGAUGCUUGGUUUUGCCAUUUCCUACAAAUAACACCAACCAAUUACCUCCCAGGUUCCGACACACGGCCUUUAGAACAUGCAUAAUUAGGUUUUUAGACGUACAUAUUUCCAGAGCUUAUUGCUUUGUAUUCGCAUUCCUACAUCUACUCUCGACAUUCCCGGAGUAUACGUCCCUUGUUUACGUUUUCUCUAGUAUGAUUGCCUACUGUGUACUUACUGAUUUCUCUCCCGCUGGAGGCCGGAUUGUAAUUGAAAUUAUCAUAUUUGACCGUCGGAGCACUUGGGGGAAACGAUAGGGAAUGACCACUU